CUCGAAGACCAAAACGACACUCGUUUUGUCUCACUCCUCUCCGACAUCGUCCGAGGAAACCAGAGCUGGAAACUUGCCUUCAACGACCCUUCUAUUUCCUCCACAUUGAGGCCCCACCAUGUUGAACAGCUCUUGAUCCGAACCCUCGACGAUUCCAAGUUAGCUUUGAGGUUCUUCAACUUCCUCGGUUUGCACAAGAGCUUCAACCAUUCCACAACAUCCUUUGCCAUCUUGGUUCAUGCUCUUGUUCAUCAGAAGCUCUUCUGGCCCGCCAAUUCGCUCUUGCACACUCUUCUCUUACGUGGGUCGGAACCAAAAUUCGUUUUUUCAUGCUUCUUGGAUUCUCAUCGCAAAUGUAAGUUUUUGUCAAAUUUGGGUUUUGAUUUGUUGGUUCAGAGUUACUUGCAAAAUAGAAGGGUUUUAGAUGCUGUGGUGGUUGCAAAGCUCAUGCUUGAAAACAAGUUGUUGCCUGAAGUUAGAACACUGAGUGCGCUUUUGAAUGGUUUAUUGAGAAUUAGAAGGUUUAUAAUGGUUUUGGAAUUGUUUGAUGAGUCGGUGAAUGUGGGUGUUCGACCGGAUUCUUAUACUUGUUCGGCUGUCAUUCGGAGCUUGUGUGAUUUGAAGGAUUUUUCCAAGGCUAAGGAGAAGGUUUGGUGGAUGGAAGUGAAUAAGUUUGAUCUGAGUAUCGUAACUUAUAAUGUCUUAAUUCAUGGGCUAUGCAAGGGUGAUCGCGUUUCGGAAGCUGUUGAGGUUAAAAGAUCAUUGAGUGAAAAGGGUCUAAAAGCAGAUUUGGUUACAUACUGCACCCUAGUUCUUGGUUUUUGUAGGGUACAACAAUUUGAAGCUGGAUUGCAGCUUUUUAAUGAAAUGAUUGAAUUGGGGUUUGUUCCGAGUGAAGCUGUUGUAUCAGGGCUAGUGGAUGGGUUAAGAAAGCAAGGAAAGGUUGAUGAUGCUUAUAAUUUGGUUGUUCAGGUAAGCAGAUUUGGUUUUCUGCCAAAUUUGUUUGUUUGUAAUGCAUUAAUCAACGCUUUGUGCAAACGAGGAGAUUUGGAUAAAUCAGAGUUGCUUUAUAAUAAUAUGUGUUUGGUGAACUUGCAUCCCAACGAUAUUACUUAUUCUAUUCUGAUUGAUUCCUUUUGCAGAAGGGGGAGGUUGGAUGUCGCGAUAUCUUAUUUUGAUAGAAUGAUAGAGGCUGGCGUAGCAGAAACUGUAUAUGCAUACAACUCUAUGAUAAAUGGCCAAUGCAUGUUUGGACAUUUGAGUGCCGCCGAGUCUUUGUUCGCUCGGAUGAUCAAUAAUGGUUUGGAGCCUACUGCGACAACCUUUACGCCGUUGAUUAGUAGAUAUUGCAAAGAUCUACAACUACGAAAAGCAUUCCAACUGUAUGAUAUGAUGAUUGAAAAAGGAAUUGCCCCAAAUGUGUAUACCUUCACUGCGCUUAUUUCUGGGUUUUGCAGUGCAAAUAAUAUGACUGAAGCAUUCAAACUUUUUGUUGAAAUGGUGGAAAAAAAAAUCACCCCAAAUGAGGUAACAUAUAAUGUUAUGAUUGAAGGGUAUUGUAGGAAUGGUAAAAUUGACAAGGCCUUUGAAUUACUUGAUGAGAUGCUUCAGAAAGGCCUUGUUCCGGACACAUAUACCUACAGACCUCUUAUCAGUGGCCUUUGUUCUGCUGGCAGGGUUUCAGAUGCUAAAAAUUUUGUUGAUGUUCUACACAAACAGGACCGUAAAUUAAACGAGAUGUGCUAUAGUGCACUUCUACAUGGUUAUUGCAAAGAAGGAAGAUUGGUGGAGGCAUUGAGCGCUGCUUCUGAGAUGAUUCAAAGAGGAAUCAAUGUAGAUUUGGUUUGCCAUGCUGUUCUCAUCGACGGUUCACUGAAGCAACUAGAUAGGAAAACACUAUUUGGUCUCUUAAAACAGAUGCAGGAUCAAGGAUUGAAACCUGAUAAUGUAAUAUAUACAAGUAUGAUCGAUGCAUUCAGCAAAGAAGGAUCUUUCGAGAAGGCUUUCCAGUGUUGGGAUUUGAUGCUUACGGAGGAAUGCUUUCCCAAUGUUGUAACGUAUACUGCUUUGAUGAAUGGUCUAUGCAAGGCGGGUGAAAUGGACAGAGCAGGUCUUCUCUUUAAAAAAAUGAUGGCUGCAAAUGUCCCUCCAAAUUCAAUCACAUAUGGCUGUUUUCUUGAUCGUCUUACCAGCGAAGGGCAUAUGGAGGAAGCUAUGGGUCUCCACCAUGCAAUGCUUAAAGGGCUUUUGGCGAACACUGUAACAUACAACAUCCUUAUUCGUGGCUUCUGCAAGUUAGGUAGAUUUAACGAAGCCAGCAAGGUGCUUUCUGAAAUGACCGAAAAUGGCAUUUUCCCCGACUGUAUUACCUAUUCAACUUUAAUUUAUGAGUACUGCAGAAGUGGCAACGUAGGAGAAGCAGUCAGAUUGUGGGAUACCAUGCUAAACAAAGGUCUUGAGCCGGACUUGGUUGCAUAUAACUUGUUACUAUAUGGUUGUUGUAUUAAUGGAGAGCUCAACAAAGCAUUUGAGUUGCGCGAUGACUUGCUGAGGAGAGGGGUGAAGCCAAGGCAAAAUUUUCGAGUACUGCACAAGGGACAAUGUAGGAGCAGUGGUUAAACUGGCAUACCAUACUAGACAAACUAGAAUCUGAUUUGAUAACAAGUAACUUCUGCAGAUGCGUUUUUUGUGCAACUAGAGUUCAACAUGGCAAUGGAGUUACACAAUUGAAGAUUGCUAUGCCAUAUCAAAAUAGAUAGCAUUGCUCUCUUGGGGUUGAAUUAUCAGAAAAAGUUUCAGCAUUGCGAUAUGGCGUCAUAUUCAAAUCGGAAGGACCUGACUAAACGCGCCAGACAUGAAUCCUGAGGAAGCUACCUAUCCAUACAAAAAGGGAGACAAAAGAUUGUGUCUUCCUUUGGUUCCACACACAUGCACUAACUGCUUGUUUAUACUCGCUGUCAAUAAGUGCCUUUUAUGACUGGUUCAUGAUGGAUUCUUUUUUGAAUUGCUUAUACGAAUACUUUCCCCUUGUACAUACACAAACCUGAAGAUAAUUUUGCAGACUUGUGAAAGCUUAUAGCAAGAAUCGUGUAUAUUAUAAUUCUUCCUCAAUGUAUUCCAGAGGCCUUUGCUUCAAAUUUUAGGGCCAAUGUUUCUGACUUAGUUUAUUUGUUUUCCAUCCCUUGUAACUGUUACUUAUAUCUAUGAAGAAAAGAAAGAAGGAGAAUGGAUGGCAUGUUUUCAAGUUAUGCUGAUUAUCAGUGAAUUAUAAUACAUGUCCUACAUUUUUUUGUUUGAUAUUAAUUAAUCUUA